AUGGUCAACCGCGCCAAGUCUGAACGUGUCAAAGGCCAUUUGCAUGCACGGAAACAAGAAAAGAUCACGCAUGCCCUUGCAGAGUAUUGUACCCAGCAAGCCAGGCCUCAGACAAUAGGGAAACCCAAAUACAUUCAAACCCUGGCUGAUGAACAUGGCAUAUCCUAUGGUACACUACACCAACGCAUACAGGGAGGGAAAAGUAGGAAGGAGGCAAGUGCCAACAAGCAGAGCUUGACACCAGCACAAGAAUGGUCACUGGUGGAAUUCAUCAAGGAGUCAGCAAGCAUGGGGAUGCUGCUUUCCCAUCGGCAGAUUGAGGAGUAUGCAAAUGCAGCUCGGGAAGCUGUUCUUGGCUCGGGUUGCUAG